ACAAAUAAAAUCUUAAAAAAAUAUAUAUAUAUAAAAAAUAAAACCAUUUACUGAUGGUGAGUUUAUUAAGCAAUGCAUAAAAAGCAUGGCAGAUAUAAUUUGCCCUGAAAAAUGGGGAUUAUUUCUAAAAUCAGUUUGUCUUGCCAGGAGAACUGAAGAAAUUGGAAAAUCUAUUGAAAGAAGUCUGGAGAGUAAAGCUGCUAAUUUUGAAUUUUAUGCUUUGGUGAUGGGUGAUAACACUAAUGCUACAGAUAUGGCUCAACCUGCCAUUUUUACUAGAGGUAUUGAUGACGGAUAUGAUGUCACUGAAGAAAUGGCAUCUUUAGUGCCAUUAAAAGAUACAACUAAAUCAAGAGAUUUAUAUGAAACAGUAAAAAAUAUGUUAAAGUGAUUUUCUUUGUCCAUUGUCAACAUGUCUGGUAUAGUUACUGACGGUGCCCUGGUGAUAGCAGGUGAAAUAGAGGGGUUUGUAAAAUUAAUAGAAGAUGAUGCAAUUGCCACCCAAAACUCAUGUCUGAUGAAGUAUCACUGCAUAGUACAUCAAGGAAAUUUAUGCACACAAGCUUUAAAAAUGGAUAAUGACAUGCGAAUUAUCAUCAAGACUGAAGUUCCUAAGAGCCAAGGGACUGAAUCAUCCCCAAUUCCAGGAAUUCCUUAAAAGUACAGAUGGUGACUAUGGAGACAUCAUUUAGUUUUUGGAUGUAAGAUGGCUAAGUCGAGGCCAAAUGUUGAAAAGAUUUUAGUUUGUGACAUGUUAUCAAGUCAUUCAUGAUUUCAAAAAGCAAAUUUGUGCUGGAACUUGAUGAUGAAAACUGGCUUCCGGAUUUAGCAUGUUUAGUGGAUUCAACUGCUCAUUUAAAUGAGUUAAAUAUACAUCUUCAAGGAUAAAACUGACUUAUCAAUACUCUGUUUCAAACUGUAACGGUGUUCCAAAUGAAACUGAAAUUAUGGCAAGUUCAAAUUAAGGCAAAUAAUUUUAUGCAUUUCAACACAUUGGCUAAACAGUUCUGUGAACAGCAAAAAAUAUGCAGCCUUGCUUUUUGAUUUGAUACAAGAAUUUGAAAACAGAUUUCAAGAUUUCUGGGAAAGUAAUAUUUUGCUAUAUUUGUUACUCCAUUUUCAGCCGACAUAAAUAUGUUACCUGCCAAUUUUCAAGUGGAAUGCAUAGAGCUGCAAUCUGACAUUCAACUUAAAGAAAAAUUUGGUCAUGUCUCUUUAGUGGACUUUAUAGGUCCUAUCUUCCCAGGGACAAAUAUCCCUUGCUUCACAAUUGUGCCUUAUUCAUGUCAUCGCUAUUUGGCAGCACCUACAUUGGCAAGCAACUAUUUUCAAGAAUGAACCACAUUAAAAGUAAAAUCAGAACCAAAAUAUCUGAAGAGCACCUUGAGAACUCACUGAGAACUGCAACUACUUCUCUCAAACCAGCCAAAAGAAAAUGAAGAAGGGGAGAACUAUCAGAUUUAACAAAAUAGUAUAUGUGCAUAACCAUCCCCCAAUCCCAUUGGUGGAUAAAAACAGCAAUGUGACUGAACCAGCAAUGCAUAAAGGUGGUAAAGUGGCUCUACCAGCAAUGCAUAGAGAAGACAUCAAUAUGACUGAACCAGCAAAGCAUAAAGAUGACAAAUUGACUCUACCAACAACGCAUACAGACAAUGUGACUGAACCAGCAAUGCAUAAAGGUGGCAAAGUGACUCUACCAGCAAUGUAUAGAAAAGACACCAAUGUGACUGAACCAGCAAAGCAUAAAGGUGGCAAAUUGACACUACCAGCAAUGUAUAGAAAAGACACCAAUGUGACUGAACCAGUAAAGCAUAAAGAUGACAAACUGACUCUACCAACAACGCAUACAGACCAUAUCAACAUGACUGAACUAGCAAGGCAUAAAGAUGGCAAAGCGACUCUACCAGCAAUGCAUACAGAAGAUGGCAGUGUGACUAAACCAGCAACACACACAGAAGACAGCAAUAUUACUGGACCAGCCAUGCCCACAAAAGACAGAGGUGUGACUGGACCAGCAAUGCCCACAGAAGACAGCUAUGUGACUGGACCAGCAGUGCCCACAGAACAGAGCGAUGUGACUGGACCAGCAGUGCCCACAGAACAGAGCGAUGUGACUGGACCAGCAGUGCCCACAGAACAGAGCGAUGUGACUGGACCAGCAGUGCCCACAGAACAGAGCGAUGUGACUGGACCAGCAGUGCCCACAGAACAGAGCGAUGUGACUGGACCAGCAGUGCCCACAGAACAGAGCGAUGUGACUGGACCAGCAGUGCCCACAGAACAGAGUGACGUGACUGGACCAGCAGUGCAUACAAAUGAUGGCGAGGUGACUGAAGUAGCUCUACGUUUAGCUCAGAGUGCCAUCAUUGCUGCUGUUCAGACUGUGCAAGAAGAUGACUACCCCAUUGAAAAUAUCAAAUGGCUCACACAUGGUGAAUUCACAACAGAAAAGUGCCGUGUACAAAUUGAGGAGUUCGUUAGGACUUGGAAGUAUCAAGACUGCUUGGUGUGCUACGCAAAGUUGAUAGAGACAAGAGAUGUGGUUCACAGCUUCCACUACAUCUACUAUGUACGCUGGAGCCUCCCAACUGCUCAGAGGCCUAUGAUACCACAGUCUGCCUAUGCCUUCUUCACCAUCAAGUUCAACAAAAACAAACCUCCGGAUGCACCCGUUGAUGUCUCUUACUUCUUUGAGGGCCAGUCACUGCUUCACAGACCAGGAAUGGCUCACUUUCCAGAAAACUGCUUGAUUUACAUGAUUGAGGCCAAAAAUAAGUUAGCAAAGCCAUUUGUCUCCGAAAUCAAUUAUGUCUGAUUCUUACAGAAUGUGUUAGGAUUGGAUUCCUAAUCCAAAUGUAUUAAUAAUACGAUACUGCACAUCAAACCACAAAACAUUUAUUGAAUAAUAAACUUGUGGCACACAAUCCAGCUGUAUUUUUUUUUGCAUUCAUUCAUUUUCCAUUUGGCAACUUGCAUCAUGCUAACAGAGUAACCAGUAAGUUGUUUUCUACUUUCUAAAAGUGUUUCCCCAUCACUAUCUGUCUCACUCACAGUCUUACAGGUAUAGAAGCUGAGUUUAGAGAGUUGCUAAAAUUCACCUGUCAGAGCAACAGAGAUUGGUACUUGACUGCCCGUCCCCCGAUUUGAGCCUAAGUGUUCAGCCCAGAUACACCUCUUUAUGGGUACAACUGGGGAACAGAAAAACGGCAAUGGUUCUAUGGCUCAUAAUAUAACCAGUCAGUCUGACGGGUUUCUCUGCUUACAGACCCCUUCAUUUACUGUGAGGUAAGCCUUCUUGGUACACACAGUCUGAAGCUCAAACUGGGCAUCAUCGCAAUCAUGAUGGCAACAGCGUGGCUUCAGGACUGGGGGCAAAAAAAACACGGAAGGCUCGGUCUUCACCCUCACUUAUUUUUUGUUUUCUUCCCAUCCUCACACCAGAUUAUCAAUUGUUCCUACCAUCCCUGUGAGGCUGUCUUGCCUGGCUGCAAAAUUUUAAAAUACCAAAGACAAAUUACAUUAGGAGUGAUUACUUAUAGGUACAUCAGAAUACAUAUUUACAUAGACAAGCACUGGAAGUGAACACAGAACCCUAAAGACAGCUGAUGUGGUAAGAAUGUGGGUAGUUUUUCUUUCUUCUUUUUUUUAACUGUUAUACUUAUGCAACAAAUAAAAAGGGAAGGAAAAUUUUAGAGCAACAGGUGAGGAGGUGGGAAACUAGAGAAGUCUCCCUGGAGAAGAAAAAAUGUAGUAUUUCAAAUACAACAGCCCUCCUAUUAGAAUUAUGGCUCAGGUGACUGAGCACACAGUUUGAAGUAGUAGCUCUCAUGAGCUGAAAAUAAAAUACUUUCAGCCCUUUUAUUCUUUCUUCCCCCUUCCCCAAAAAUAUGCCAUCAAAGCUGUUCUUGGCACAUCUUUCCUGAACAAACACUGAUGAAAGAAAUGGUAAAGCUCUGAAAUAAGUUAAUAUAUUUUCUUCCAAUUACUCAACAAGCAUUUGUUGAGUAUCUGCUCUGUGGGAGAGACAGGAGAAUCUGAUAAAAAUCCAUAGUAUUCAUGUAUCACAAAAUUGUUGCAUUUGAACUAUCUUGCCUACUAAAAAUAAGAGAAUAGGCUCAUUUAGGCUCUAGGAGCCAGUAACAAAAAAUAACAUUCUUACAGAACAAAAUUUUUAAAUGGGGAUUAAAAGUUUUGGUUUUAUUACACAGGGAAGUAGAUGGAUUACAACUCAUACAUUUGGAACCUAGUUAGUUUCCUUUUAACUUUUGGAAAAAACAGAUUUCUCAGCAAUGAUUAUAAAUAGAAAUCACUUCAGAUUCAGGGGUCAUGAAUGUUGCUACAUGCCAAGUGGUUGUUUAGUUCAUUAGUUGUGCGUUAAAGGUAGACAUUUUCCUAGAAUAUAUGCUAAAUAGUAAAAUUCUGAUUUAUGCUUUGAAAUCUGACUGCCUUAUUUUAAAACUUUGAAAAAAUGACUUUAUAAACUAUUCUAAGGAGAGAGGAGGGCAUUUUAUAAGAGCAGAGUCAGAAUUUCCUUAUCACCCAGGUAAAUUUAAAUUUAUCCUAGGUACAAAAUAGUAAUGCAGCUCAAAACAACCUUAACAAAAACAACCUGAACUUCCACUGUCCCCUCCCUUCACUCCUGUGACCUAAUGACUAAAACUGAAUGACAUAGGUAAGGAAAAAGAUUGUAAUCUCAUAGUCCCAAAAUUUUCCAUUUCUCCCAAACUUAAAAGUCAAUAGUAGACAAUAAAAAAGUGAUAAAGUGCAGGGUUCUAUACAAAGUUAAAGAUUAAACUGAAUCAUAGAUGUAAAAACAAUCUGAAAGGUUAAACAACAUUUAAAAUAAAAUCUGCCUAUUACAUAAAGGACAGGCAAAAUGUUUGAUAUCAUUUUGGCUUCAUCCUUAUAAACCAACUGAAUUAAAAUAAUGAUUCAUUUUAUUUUCCCUAUUAAACUACUGACCAUAGUUGACUCCCAUUAAUUUCUAGUUUUCAAAUUAUGAUCUACAUAAAGCUUAGAUGGAAAUAAUGUACUUACAGUGGCACAACAGUAGACUUUCCAAUAUUUUAUAUUUG